CGGAACAAACAGAUUCUUUCAACGAUGUGUAUAUAUCCAUGUGUGGACAUAGAAUAUCGUAAGACUAGCAUAUAAAAGCAUGGAAAACACAUUGGAAAGUCACAGUUCUCACCUGACCGUCUUAAUAUAUAGAAAUGGAAGUGAUAUCUUUCAAGGUGAUCAUAAUUUUCGUCAUAACGAUGAUCCAUCGAUCGAAAACAAUCGUGAUACCUGUUGACGAUGAUGAAACGGGGACGCACAAUGAACCACAAGUUUCCUUAGCGAGUUCUUACAUACAUUUUCACGGACCAGUCGAAGGCCCGGAAUACGAAGUGAAAGUACCGUACGUUUUUCUCAAGAAUCAACACAAUCACUUUUCUCAAAGAAUCGGUCAAGAUCAGGAUUUUCAAGAUCACGGAGAUGCUCUCGACUACAUCGCGAAUCCCAAGUAUCAAUUCGCUUAUGGUGUUGAGGAUCAUCAUACCGGUGAUUUUCAUGGACAGAAAGAAUCAAGAAAUGGUCAUAGUGUAUCUGGCGAGUAUAGUGUAAAGGAACCCGGAGGUGCCUUAAGGAUUGUCAAUUAUCACGCUGAUAAAGAUGGGUUUCACGCUAUAGUUCAUACUUCCGGUAAGAAUGAUCAUGCCUCAACCAGUUUCUAUUCUCAGCAAGAUCACGUCCAAGUUCAAAUUCAAGAUCGCGAUCAUGAUCACGAUCAAGAAUUAGAUAAUCAUAAAGAAAAUCAUUCGCUUCGUAACUAUGAGACUUCAUAUUCGGUUAGCGACGUAUAUUAAACAACGUUUUUUUUUUUUUUUUUUUUUUUUUUUUUUUUUUUAAUUAAACAAUAAACUUUUCUUUCACUCGAUUUAUAAUGAAUAUUUACUCUUUCUCAAAAAUUCUUUCUACUAAUUCCACACCAAAGUUUCUAUCAUCGUUUUUAAAGAAAUCUGACACUACUGUACGAACACAUUAUUGUAAAUAUAAAUUAUUUUUCUACUCCAAUUAAUCUUUACAAUUUAUCGAUAUAAAAGAUUAUUUAUUAUUCUAACUCUU